AGCUGCAAAAGUGAAACCACGUUGCUAUUUAAUUUUUUCAAUCUUGUUUUAUUAUAUUAUUACAAUCACAUUCACACACUCAUAGUCUUCUUACUUCCUCUUUCUUCUCUACUCAUGGCUCUUCAAUCUUUCAUCUCCUCAUCCUCCUCUUCCCUCUCCUAUGGGUUUACCUAUGAUGUCUUCCUUAGUUUUAGAGGUAGUGACACUCGUUAUGGUUUUACUGGAAAUCUCUACAAAGAUCUUUGUAAGAAGGGAAUUCGCACCUUCAUUGAUGACAGAGAACUUCCAGGAGGUGACAAAAUAACACCAUCACUUUUCAAGGCCAUUGAAGAGUCUAGGAUUUUCAUUCCUGUCUUGUCUAUCAAUUAUGCUUCUUCUUCAUUUUGCUUGGACGAACUUGUCCACAUCAUUCACUGCUGCAAGAAAAAUGGACGCCUAGUUUUGCCAAUUUUCUAUGAUGUGGAACCUUCUAACGUGAGACAUCAGAUUGGCAGUUAUGGUAAAGCACUGGCUGAGCAUAUUGAGAAGUUCCAAAAUAGCACGGAUAACAUGGAGAGGUUGCAGAAAUGGAAGAGUGCUCUAACUCAAACAGCUAACUUCUCUGGCCACCAUUUCAGUUCUAGGAAUGGAUAUGAAUACGAGUUUAUUGAGAAGAUAGUAAAAUAUUUAUCCAGCAAAAUCAAUCGUGUUCCUCUAUAUGUUGCUGAUUACCCUGUUGGUCUCGAGUCUAGGGUCCUAAAAGUAAAUAAAUUUCUUGAUGUCGGAUCUACUGGUGUAGUUCAUAUGCUAGGGAUCUAUGGGACUGGUGGAAUGGGAAAGACAACACUUGCAAGAGCAGUUUAUAAUUCCAUAGCUGAUCAAUUUGAUUGUUUAUGUUUUCUUCACGAUGUAAGGGAAAAUUCAACUAAAUAUGGUUUAGAGCAUCUACAGGAAAAGCUCCUUUCCAAAUUAGUUGAAUUGGACAUUGAGUUGGGAGAUAUCAACGAGGGAAUUCCAAUAAUAAAGAAAAGGCUUCACCGAAACAAGGUUCUGCUAAUUCUCGAUGAUGUUCACGAACUGAAGCAAUUGCAGGUUUUAGCUGGAGGACUUGAUUGGUUCGGUCCUGGUAGUAGAGUGAUCGUUACCACUCGAGACAGACAUUUGCUAAAAAGUCAUGGGAUUGAAAGAGCAUAUGAAUUACCUAAGUUAAAUGAGACCGAAGCUCUUGAAUUGUUGAGGUGGAAUUCUUUCAAAAAUAACAAGGUGGAUUCAAAUUUCGAUGGUGUUUUACGGUGUGCAGUAACUUAUGCUUCUGGCCUUCCAUUGGCUUUAGAAGUAGUGGGUUCAAACUUAUUUGGAAAUAAUAUAGGAGAAUGGAAAUCUGCAUUAGAUCGGUAUAGAAGGAUUCCGAUUAAAAAGAUACAGGAGAUACUUAAAGUAAGCUUUGAUGCUUUGGAGAAAGAUGAGCAGAAUGUUUUUCUCGACAUUGCUUGCUGCUUCAAAGGAUAUAAUUUGAAAGAACUUGAAGAUAUACUUUAUGCUCAUUAUGGUAACUGCAUGAAAUAUCAAAUCAGUGUGUUGGAUGAAAAAUCUCUCAUAAAGAUCAACAGGUACGAGGGGAAUUAUGUUGUGACGUUACAUUUCUUGAUAGAGAAAAUGGGUAAAGAAAUUGUCAAUGAAAAAUCUCCAAAUGAGCCUGGAAGACAUAGCAGGUUGUGGUUCCAUAAAGAUAUAAUUGAUGUCUUAGAAGAAAAUCAGGGAUCAAGUGAAAUUGAAAUUAUAUAUUUGGAAUUCCCGUCAUCUGAGGAAGAGGUGGUAGAUUGGGAGGGAGAUGAACUGAAGAAGAUGGAAAACCUCAAAACACUUAUUGUUAAGAAUGGUACCUUUUCCAAUGGUCCAAAAUAUCUUCCAAACAGUCUGAGAGUAUUGGAAUGGCCUAAAUAUCCUUCACCGGUCAUACCAUCUGAUUUUUGCCCAAAGAAACUUUCUAUAUGCAAGCUACAACAAAGUGACUUUAUUUCAUUUGGGUUUCAUGGCACAAUGAAGAGGUUUGGGAAUGUAAGAGAGUUAAAUCUAGACGACUGUCAAUAUUUAACACGGAUUCACGACGUCUCGAAUCUCCCAAAUUUAGAAAUAUUUUCAUUUCAAUUUUGUAAGAAUUUAAUUGAAAUUCAUGAAUCUGUUGGGUUCCUAAAUAAACUUCAAAUCUUGAAUGCUGUCAAUUGCAGCAAGCUUAGGAGUUUCCCAGCUAUGAAGUCCGCCUCUCUUCGAAGAUUGGGGCUUGCAUAUUGUACGAGUCUUAAGACUUUUCCAGAAAUAUUAGGAGAGAUGAAGAAUAUAACUCAUAUUUCUUUGAUGAAAACUUCCAUUGACAAAUUGCCAGUUUCAUUUCAAAAUCUCACGGGGCUGCAAAUCUUUUUUAUAGAAGGAAAUGUAGUGCAAAGGUUGCCAAGUAGCAUUUUUAGAAUGCCAAAUCUGUCAAAGAUUACUUUUUACCGUUGCAUAUUUCCCAAACUAGAUGAUAAAUGGAGUUCCAUGGUGUCUACAAGCCCAACAGAUAUCCAACUGGUAAAAUGCAACUUGUCAGAUGAAUUUCUUCCAAUAGUUGUCAUGUGGUCUGCGAAUGUAGAAUUUUUAAACCUAUCAGAAAACAAUUUCACAAUUCUUCCAGAAUGCAUCAAAGAUUGUCGCUUUUUAUGGUCUCUUAGGUUGGAUGAUUGCAAGUGCCUUAGAGAAAUUAGAGGGAUUCCACCAAAUUUAAAACACUUGUCUGCAAUACGCUGCAAAUCAUUGACUUCCUCGUGCAAAAACAUGCUAUUGAAUCAGGAACUGCAUGAGGCUGGAGGAACCAAAUUUUGUUUUUCAGGAUUUGCAAGGAUUCCAGAUUGGUUUGAUCACCAAAGCAUGGGACAUACAAUUUCUUUUUGGUUUCGUAACAAGCUCCCUUCCAUGGCUCUCUGUUUUUCUACUAAAUCAGCUGCUACAAUGCCCACGGGAAAGACUAAUUUUUAUAUCACAAUACCCACUCUAUUCAUCAAUGGCAAUAAAUAUGAUCGUCUAGAUAUGAGCGGUAUAAUGUCGACUCAUCAUACAUAUUUGUAUGACAUAAAUCUGAGAAAACUUGAUCAACAUCCCUUCAUGAAGGACUCCAUACUUCUAGAAAAUGAGUGGAAUCAUGCAGAGAUUAUAUGUGAACAUCAGGAGGUGGAACCAAUAACAGAAAUUGGAAUCCAUUUUUACAAAGAGCAAAAUAACAUGGAUGAUAUUCAAUUCACCAAUCCUUAUGAAAAGAUAAAAUUAAAUGAUGAUGAUGGUGAUGAUUUUUUUUAUGACGUUGAUGAUGUUCUUGAUGAUGAUAAUAAUGAUGUCUUUUAUGAUGUUAUUGAUGUUCUUGAUGAUGAUGAUGAUAAGGAUGUUCUUGGUGAUGAAGACGACCACCAUUCACAAUAGUUCAGGCCAAUCACAAGAGCAUAGAUAAAUGGAAUCAUUCAUUGGAUGAUAUUGUGAAUGAUGAAUCAAUGACCACCGUGUCAACACAAAAUAAUGUAAAUAUCUAAUUUUAAUUCUGUGUGCUUAUUUAUUAUGUUACAUAUUAUCAUUAGGGUUUUUCUAUCAUGUGCAAAUUUGCACAUGAUAAACUCAAAUAAGACAAUUCUAUAUAUUUAGAUAUAA